AUGGGCAAGAUUGGUUGCAGCAUCAAUGGAAACUUGGAUGACUCGAAUUUCAACAAGCCGAUGCCUUGGAUAGGAAUAUAUGUGGCUGCAGCCUCUGCAGCAUGCGCUUUGGCCAUGGCUCUUGAUGCCUUUCGUGGAUUUCGCUAUAAAAAGUUCUGGUUCCCGUGCAAAUUCUUCGCUCUCAAUGCCACGACCCUGACUCUCAUAGGUGUGGCGAUCAAACUGGCGGUUGACUUGAAUACGUCCAUGCCUCGCCCAAACGACCAGCUUGCGAAACUCAGCAGUACCACCUUUAUAUGUACAGCAAUAGGUAAUUUUCUGCCUUCUUUAGGUACCAUGGGAGAUCAAGAACUGAUGAUGAAUGUUGUGGCUUUGGGAAUUCUUGUCAUUACUGUCAUUGUCAACAUUGGGAUCCAAUUAGGUACCGGGGUAAUUUAUGUGUUUUGGAAAGAGCAUGCCAUCAUCAUGUUUCUUAUGGUGAUUUUGUUUUCAAUCACGGUUUCUUCGGCUCUAACAAUUCCGUCGACAAAGUCUUACUUUGAUUUGAAAUAUAGAAAGAAAUAUAAACUAGCAAUCGAAGAAUGUGAUAACAAUGUAAAUCCACGCGUACCUGAGAAACUCAGAGAUGAUUUGACGAGGUACUGGAUGAUGGCAAAUACUUGUAACCCGCAAUUCGUGAUGGGGCGUAUAGCAACGUGCACAGCUUCAGGUGCAUUCUGCCUCGUAAGCGCCGCGACUCUAGCAGAAGCCAUGCUUCGCAAUUACUUGACGCCCUGGUGCUUUAAAUUUUGUGAUGGGGAGUCGGAUUACAAAUGGUCGACCACUUUAAUUCUUGUAACUCAAGCUAUAGCAGUAGGAGUAGGUACCCUCGCCCCAGCUUCUAGAUGGUUCAUAGCCAUAAAAUUCAGGUGCCCGAAGAGAAACAAGAAGACCUAUAAAGCUGAGUUUGCAGUGGAAAACUAUUGGAUACGGAUACUAUACAAGUGGAGAGACUGUCCACUAAAUUAUAGAAUCUUUGGCCGGCAUGGUAGAAAACUUGUGCACAUCACCAAGAACAGGGUCUUGAAUAUAUGCAUUUGGAUGCAGAAAGCAAUGGUAUUACUGAGCAAGUCUGUCAGGCUUAUUUCCAUAUUGUUUAUGAGCCGGUUACUGAUCAUCGGCCAGUACAGCAAGAAAUUUAUCAGCUUAUUUAAAUGCAGCAAUACAGUUUCAAUUUUUGAUGUAAAAUCAGACUCCAAUACCUGUCCAAAACUGGAACUUAGAAAUUUUGUUUUGCAUCUUGAAGGAGAGGAAGAAUUGAUUGACAUUGUGACAGAAAGUGACAGGGAUACCACUGGUUGUUGGAUCAGAAUGGGGAAAAAGCAGCAGCCAAAGUACCUCAUACAACUUUUGGAGAAACUGAAUUCUACGCCUGGAUUUGAGGGUGUGAAGAAAUUUGACAGCGACCAGGUUUCUUCUCUGGAAUCUGAAGAACCUCCCAACUGUUGGGCUCUUCCUGUGGUGACACUAACAAGCAUCGCAGUUGCAAUAGGCAACAGCAACUUUCAUUUAGUGAAGGAGUUGGUACACAGUGUACACCAAGGCCUGGAGUACAUUAGAGUCAUAGAAAACAACCUGGACACAAAAAGAGAGACGUUAAAUAGCAGGCAAGCAGCAGAAGUUGAAUGGGUCGGAGUUGAUCUCCAUUACAGGUGGUUGGAUGUGGAUCUUCGUGAAAUGGGUAUUGAAGGCAAGAGCCCAAGAGAUAUAAUUUCAGAGCUCUCUGAUGCAGCAAAGCACAGGUUCAUGGAGUUGAGAAAGAAUGAUGCAACAAGUUGUUUAAGAGACGGCCCUUCCAGAUGGCCAAUCAAGGUUUUGGCUGCCAAUUCAAUGUAUAGAACAUGUCAAACACUUCUGCUAAAUCUUGAUAACAAAGGGAGUGGAUGCAGUAACACAAUUUUUGAAAUACUUUCUGGGAUGAUUGCGGAUGUAAUAGGGGCUUGUCUUACCAACUUACCACGUGUAAUAUCCUUGAAAUGCCAUCACAGCACCAUUGAAGAAAGAGAGCAAAGUGUACGCAAUGCUAUUCUUCUACUGGGUAAAACAGAGAAGAUCUUGGAAAUUCUUAUAGGGCAACCACUUCCAACAUCGGAUCCAGAUCAAAUGGCUUGCAUUGAUGAGUGGCGUGCACUGAGCAGAAAAGAAGAUCAUCUGUGUAGCGACUCUUCUUCCGGAAAUUGUGAUUUGGAAUUAAGUAGUUCAUCUGACUUGUAUCUGAACAUUGACUAA